GAUCAACAAGCAUAAAGGUAUGGUGUAUUCCGGAAUGGGUCCCGAUUAUCGCCUUCUUGUGAAGCAAGCUCGAAAGAUCGCUCAGACCUAUUUCCUGACUUACAAGGAGCCGAUUCCCGUCUCACAGCUGGUGCAGCGCGUGGCCACACUCAUGCAGGAGUAUACCCAAUCCGGCGGCGUGCGUCCUUUUGGUGUGUCUUUACUGAUUUGCGGCUGGGACAAUGACCGCCCAUAUCUUUACCAGUCUGACCCCUCGGGCGCUUACUUCGCUUGGAAAGCAACUGCCAUGGGCAAGAAUGCAGUCAAUGGCAAAACCUUCUUAGAGAAGCGUUACAGCGAAGAUCUCGAGCUGGAAGACGCCGUUCACACUGCGAUUCUGACACUGAAGGAAGGCUUUGAGGGUAAAAUGACUGCGGACAACAUUGAGAUUGGAAUCUGCGAUCAGAAGGGAUUCCAGCGUCUGGACCCGGCCUCGAUCAAGGACUACUUGGCCAACAUCCCCUAAAUGUUAGGCGCCCCAUAAAACGAUAAAGAGAACCCAAGCUAAGCUUUUUGUACGAGUACGGGAAAUUAAAAAACAAAUAAAA